CAAGUUCCCCACACCUCACCUCAUUCCAUUAAAAGCCACCAUGGCCGUAUCUCCAAUUUUGUUGUUGUUGGCUAUCUUCUCUCUCAUUUAUGGCAAUGGUAUUCUUCCCAUUGAAGCUACCCACCAUGUUUACAGAAAUCUUCAGACUCUAUCUUCUGAUUCCUCUGAUCAACCUUAUAGAACCGCUUACCAUUUCCAACCUCCCAAAAAUUGGAUAAAUGACCCUAAUGGACCAAUGAGGUACAAAGGACUUUAUCAUCUCUUCUACCAAUACAAUCCAAAAGGUGCUGUUUGGGGUAAUAUUGUGUGGGCCCACUCAGUAUCAAAGGAUCUUGUGAAUUGGACCCCUCUAGAUCAUGCCAUCUACCCUUCUCAACCGUCUGAUAUCAACGGUUGUUGGUCAGGCUCAGCCACAAUACUUCCUGGGGGCAAACCAGCCAUUUUAUACACAGGAAUUGACCCUAAUAAUCACCAAGUUCAAAACUUAGCCCUACCCAAAAACAUGUCUGACCCAUUACUUAGGGAAUGGGUUAAGUCACCCAAAAAUCCACUAAUGGCACCAACUAGUGCUAACAUGAUCAAUUCAAGCUCAUUUAGGGAUCCUACCACUGCUUGGCUAGGCAAAGAUGGGUACUGGAGGGUGCUGAUUGGAAGCAAAAUACACACUAGGGGUAUGGCAAUUUUGUACAAGAGCAAAAACUUUGUUAAUUGGGUUCAAGCCAAACAACCCCUACAUUCAGCUGAAGGCACUGGAAUGUGGGAGUGCCCUGAUUUCUAUCCAGUGCUGAAUAAUAAACCAUCAUCAACUAUUGGUCUUGACACAUCUGUGAAUGGUGAUAAUGUUAGGCAUGUGCUUAAGGUUAGUUUGGAUGAUAAAAAACAUGAUCAUUAUUUGAUUGGGACUUAUGACAUUGCCAAGGAUAUCUUCACUCCGGAUAAUGGAUUUGAGGAUAGUCAAACUGUCCUAAGAUAUGACUAUGGAAAAUAUUAUGCCUCAAAAACCAUUUUUGAGGAUGGAAAGAACAGAAGGGUCUUAUUGGGUUGGGUUAAUGAAUCCUCAAGUGUUUCGGAUGAUAUCAAGAAAGGAUGGGCUGGAAUCCAUACUAUUCCAAGGGCCAUCUGGCUUCAUAAAUCUGGAAAACAGUUGGUGCAAUGGCCGGUGGUGGAACUUGAAAGCUUACGUGUGAAUCCUGUCCACUGGCCCACCAAAGUGGUCAAAGGUGGUGAAAUGCUUCAAGUUACUGGUGUUACUGCGGCACAGGCUGACGUUGAAAUUUCAUUUGACGUGAAUGAGUUUGGAAAGGGCGAAGUAUUGGACCAAUGGGUGGAUCCCCAAAUUCUGUGUAGUAGAAAGGGUGCAGCCGUAAAGGGUGGUUUGGGACCCUUUGGCUUGCUAGUUUUUGCUUCUCGUGGCUUGCAAGAGUACACGGCAGUAUUCUUUAGAAUAUUCAGAUACCAAAAUAAAAAUUUGGUUCUCAUGUGUAGCGACCAAAGCAGAUCCUCUUUGAAUAAAGAUAACGAUAUGACCACCUAUGGGACUUUUGUGGACAUGGACCCUCUUCAUGAGAAGCUGUCACUAAGAACUUUGAUUGAUCACUCAGUAGUGGAGAGUUUUGGAGGAGAGGGAAGGGCUUGCAUCACAGCCAGAGUAUAUCCCACAAUAGCAAUUAAUGAAAAGGCACAACUAUAUGCUUUCAAUAAUGGAACUGCCGCCGUCAAGAUUACAAGAUUGAGUGCUUGGAGCAUGGAGAAGGCAAAAAUAAACUGAUACCAACAAUUAAAGAGGAACCCAAUAUAGGAUUAAUGAUAACCAAUAUUUGUGUUCUUUUAUUAGUGCCAACAAAUUUUAUUAUUACUGUACUACUAUAACCAUAGUGCUUGUUAUUCAGGUUAAAAGCAAUAAUUUGAUAAGAAAAUAAGAACAAAAAUAUGUUUUGUAAACAUGUUAUAGUCUUCUAGGUUACCUGUCAAUUUAUUUUAUCAUUUUGUAUUAACUUUUAUUUACAUGAUGACACGUACAUGUAAUUGGCAGGAACAAUUUUAACUCAGUAUCUUUGAUUCAUAAGCA